UUGUUAUAGGAUUAUAGUCUGUUAAAAUAUGUGUCUAUUAAAUUCAAUGUGUAGUUUGUAAAGCUAAAGCAGCAAUCCAAGAUGGAGUCUGAACUGCCACCUUGUGACCGCCAUCUUGUUGUUUACUGUUAUCAUGGCCCAGUCCUAACUGGAUCCAACCGGUUUUUCCCCCCAUUGGCCACUCCAAGGACAAUGUCACCCUUGCUGGGACUGUACCAUAUUUUCCCGCCACUAAAGGCAGGGGGGACUGAGCUCCCUGCCGAGUGGCGCAGUCCAUCCCAGUGACUGUGUGCGCGGCUCAGGCCUGCCCAGCACGUUCUGCCCGAAGUGACGAGUGAGGGAAGGAGAUUCCAUCGAACCCGCUCCUGCUCCUGGACUCGAGUGGACGUGACAGGAGGCGAAGAUGGCUCCAUCCGGGUUGAAGGCAGUGGUGCGUGAGAAGAUCUUCAGCGUUGUCUUUCGCAGCGUGAAGAAGGAAGGAGAAUGGAAGGUGCUAAUCAUGGACCACCCGAGCACGCGCAUCCUCUCGUCAUGCUGCAAGAUGUCCGACAUCAUGAACGAAGGCAUCACACUUGUGGAAGAUAUUGACAAGUGCCGGGAGCCAAUCCCCAGCCUGGAGGCCAUCUACCUGCUCAGCCCUGUGGAGAAGGGAGGGGCCUCGGCUGGUGCUUUGCAGUCAGUGCAGUCAGUGCAGGCUCUGAUCAGUGACUUUCAGGGCACCCCCACCUUCAACUACAAGGCGGCUCACGUCUUCUUCAUCAGCCCCUGUCCUGAGCCUCUGGUCAAGGAGCUGAGGGAGUCACGGGUCACCAAGGCCAUCAAAACCCUCAAGGACAUCAACGUGGCCUUCCUGCCCUACGAGAGCCAGGUGUACUCCCUGGACAGGCCACAGACCUUCCACAUCUGGUUCAGCCCCUACCGCUCCUUGGAAAAGAAGAAGGAGCAGGAGAUGCUGGCAGAGCAGAUUGCCGCGUUGUGUGAAACCCUGGAGGAGUAUCCAGCCAUCCGCUACUGGAAGGACCAUGAAGAGAACUUCGACCUGGCUCGCGCUGUGCUGGCCAAACUCAAGGUGUUCAAGGAAUACGAGCCCAGCAUGGGAGAGGGCCCCGACAAAGCCCGCUCUCAGCUGCUGAUUGUGGACCGGAGCUUCGACCUGGUGUCCCCACUGCUGCACGAGCUCACCUACCAGGCCAUGGCCUACGACCUGCUCAGCAUUGAGAACGACACCUACAAGUACAAGACGACAGGGACCAGCGUCUCGCGGGAGAAGGAGGCGCUGCUGGACGAAAACGACGAACUCUGGGUGCAGCUACGCCACAUGCACAUCGCUGACGUCUCCAAGAAGGUGACGGAGCUGCUGCACACCUUCUCUGAGAGCAAGAGGCUGACCACGGACAAGGCCACCAUCAAGGACCUGUCCCAGAUGGUGAAGAAGUUGCCUCAGUACCAGAAAGAGCUGAACAAGUACACCACACACACGAACCUGGCUGAGCACUGCAUGCAGCACUUCAUAGGAUCGGUGGAGAAGCUGUGCGGCAUGGAGCAGGACCUGGCCAUGGGGAUGGACGUGGAUGGGAAGAAGAUCAAAGACCACAUGAAGAUCAUCGUGCCCGUCCUGCUGGACCCCAGCGUGCAGGCCUAUGACAAGCUCCGCAUCAUCCUGCUCUACAUCUUGAACAAUGGUGUGAGCGCGGAGGCCAUCAGCAGGCUGAUCCAGCAUGCCAGCAUCCAGCAGCAGGGUGACAUCAUCUACAACAUGGAGCGCCUGGGCACCUCCUUCAUGCCUGGGAGUGGGCAGCUGCAACCCAAGAGGAAGGUGCGGCUGGAGUCCACCUACCACCUCUCCCGCUGGACCCCCAGGCUCAAGGACGUCAUGGAGGACAUCACUGAGGACAGACUGGACAGGGAGCUGUGGCCCUUCCUCUCAGACCCGGUCCCUUCCACCAGCUCCCAGGCUGCUGUCAGCACCCGCUUCUGGCAUUGGCACAAGAACAGGCCAGCGGCUGAGAACCUGACGGGCCAGCGCCUCAUCAUCUAUGUGCUGGGUGGGGUGUCCAUGUCUGAGAUGCGCUGCGCCUACGAAGUGACCCAGGCCAGCGAGGGCAAGUGGGAGGUGGUGAUCGGUUCCAGUCACAUCCUGACCCCCAGGCGCUUCCUGGAUGACGUCCAAACCCUCGACCAGCUGGCCCCCGAGGAGGCCUAGAAGCAGCCCCCUCCUCCCAGAGACUCUGCCCCCCACAGCUCGCUGCCCCCAGCUCCACCUGCUUUUCUCAACAAGGCACCUUC